CAAUAAGAAUGAGCACCUAAGCAUUGGUCUCCAGGUCAGGCCUAUCUAAUAGUCACUUCAGUCUGCUUCAAUAAAAGGGUUUGUUAGUUGGAUCUCUUUUUGAAUUGGAUGUACCUCAAGCCUACAUCCAAUAGGUUUACAUCGAAUUAAAAGAAUACUUGAGAUAUUUCAUACUUAGAAGAUGCUGUGUCUGAUGCUCAUUUGCGUGUCUCUCUUACAGGUGACAUUCUCCUCUGAAUUCUGCAGCCAGGAACCACUUGAACUCGGCAUUGUCCUUGACUCUUCUAGCUCCAUCAGGGGCAGUGACUUCGUCAAAGGCAUCACGUUUCUUCAAGACUACCUCCAACAGUUUGACAUCGGCAGUGACACUAUGAGAGUUUCUAUCAUACCUUUCGCUAAAGGAAUCUACACGAAUAACGCCUUCAACUUGACAACUUACACAACUAAAGAAGACGUCAUCAGCGCUAUAGGGAGGAUCACCCAUGAAAAAGGUCUUUAUACAGACACAGGAAAAGGCAUCAAGUACAUGCGUGAGGUCCAGCUGAAUGAUGAAGUGGUCAGGCCAGGGGUCAUCAAGAUUGGCCUGGUAAUAACAGACGGGAAUUCUCAGGAUUCUAAAAUAACAGCAGCGGAGGCCGAGGCUGCAAGAGACAGUGGUAUCGUUAUGUUCGCCGUGGGAGUUGGGAAUGAGAUUGGCGACAGGGAGCUACUCAACAUUGCGGGGGACAUGUCCAGAGUCGCAAAAGUUGACAACUAUGACCAGCUGAACAGUAUCAUCAAAAGUCUAGCAAACAUGACCUGUAUCAAAAAAGAAUCCACCACGACUAUUUCUCCCAACGAACAAGGCGAUGAGCCAACAUGUGGAGAAAAGAAUCCGACAGAUAUUUACUUUUUGUUCAGUCCUGCUGACUUGGGCACCGAGAAGACAAUCUGGACCACAGACUUUAUUUUACGGACCAUUGUUUCAGAAGAUAUAAAAACAGGGUUCAGGUAUGGCGUCAUAUCCGGUUCCUGUCCGGACGACGAAGGGUUCAACCUGGAUCGCUACAGUACAGCCAAAGAAAUUAGAAAUCGCCUUAAAUCUUAUGAAACCAGUAAACUGAUUUCUCUCUCAAAGCAACUUGCUGAUUCUGGGUAUACCUCCGAGCGAGGAGCCAGACCUAACGCUAAAAAAGUUGCUGUCUUGGUAGUAAGCGGUGUCAAGUCUGCAGAGUUGGUGUCAAAACAAGUGAAAAAUUUGCUGGACCAGGGCAUCACGGUGUUCAUUGCGGACCCAACAGACUCUGGUGUUAAGAUUGAAGGAGCUACCACACUUAAAGGCCAGUCAUUGGCACAGGCUGAAGAACUCAUCCACUAUCUGUGUAACCCGUGUCAGCCCGCUACGUCUAAGUAGAAGUCAGGAGGGACCUCAUUACUGCAUUGAGAUUGUUGUGUAUUAUUUCAUUGUGAAUGCAUUUGGCAAUUUGUUUUUUUUUUAUUUUAUAUGUUUUUGAAAUUAUGUUUAGACUUUGGGGAAAUAAAUGUCUUGAUCUGGAAGUGAAAAACAACAACAAUAAAAUCUAUAAUUAAUAUCAUUCUCA